AGCCAAGGAAAGUUGAGCAUUGAGCGAGCAAGUUGGUAGGGAACUACUGAACUAGAAGUGCGCCAAUCAGCGCAUUCCACAGACGCUGCAACGUCAUUCCCAGCCGUGCAUCCGACGAGCGUUCUUGCUGCCUGCCUCAAUGGCGGACCAGCGUCUCUCCCUCGCCUUGCUGCUGCUCGCCGUCACCAUCUCGGCGACCGCUGUGACGACAACGGUCGCCGCGCAAGCCGGCACUAUCGUCGUCAGCAGUGUUGGCGGCAGCCUGACGGUCGACAACUACACCAUCAACGGCAACAUCGUGCACGAAACCGGCGCCAAGGUCACGCCGGCCGAGGGCAAGCACACGUGGUUUUUGAACGGCGCCAUCGCCGCGUCCGGAGUGCCUGUAGUCAUUGACGGCACGAAAAUCUUCGUGAAACUGGCGGGCACGAGGCUGUAUGGCGAGGGCGGGAUCGCUAGGGACGCGGCCACGGCCCGCGGAGGCACCGGCAGCAGCGGAGGCACAGGCAGCAGCGGGAGCGCUAGCGUCAACCCCGACGGGAGUGUGUCGUUCGGACCGGGAUACACUCUGCUGCCGAACGCCACGGUCGUGGAUUCCACUGGCGCGCCCGUCGCUCCCACCGCCAAUCCGGACGGAUCGUUUACCGUCGGUGGCAACUUCACCGCUUACCCCAACGGCACGAUCAGUGCUCCCGGCGUCGCCAUUUCCAGUGGCGGCACUAGGUUUACUGUCGGGAAAACGACACUCUUGGCGAACGGCACGAUCAUGGACGCGUCGGGGAAGCCGAUUAAGCCGACAGCGAAUGCGGACGGUUCGGUGACGGCGGGAGACCUGGUGGUUUACCCAAACGGCACGGUUGUGGGCAAAGGCGGUGAGUUGGUGAACACCGGGCGCACAUUCAACGUCAACCCCGAUGGCACCCUCGUUGCCUCCCCAACCGCCCCCAGCCCCAGCGGCAGCAGCGUGAGCGUCAACCCCGAUGGCAGCGUGGCGUUCGGCCCGGGCUACACCCUCAUGGCGGAUGGCACUGUGCUUGACUCUACUGGCGCUUCCGUCACUCCCACUGCCAACCCUGACGGAUCGUUCACCGUCGGCGGUGAUUACACCGUCUACCCCAACGGCACGCUCGCUGCUCCCGGCCUCGCCAUAUCCACCGGAGACGCACCCAGCUACACGGUUGGCAGCACGAAGCUGCUGGCCAAUGGCACUCUGCUGGAUGCUGCUGGAACGCCGAUCGUGCCAACAGCCAAUGCAGACGGGUCGUUCACUGCUGGCGACUUGACUGGGUUUGCGAAUGGCACGAUUGUGGGGACCAACGGCGCGGUGGUGAAUACCGGCAAGCAGUUUGCUCUCAACCCAGACGGCACCAUCUCUGUCUCUUCUCCUUCCGCACCUGGCUCCAGCUCUCCCCCCGGCCCUGGUUCUUCCCUCACCACCAACCCGGAUGGCAGUGUCACCAUAGACGGCAUCACCACAAUCUACAACAACGGAACCAUAGUAGACUCUAGCGGUGGGCCCUUGACGCCUCCGCUGAACCAGGACGAGUCGUACGAGCUCUCAGGCUACAGCUACUUCCCUACGAAUGGCACUCUGGCAGGGCAGGGGGUGGUGCUGCAGACGUUUGGUGAUGGCAGUGCUGCGGCUGGACCUGGCAGCGUGACGGUUGGGGCCACCACCAUGUUUCCCAACGGCACCAUUGUUGACGCCGCAACCGGGCAGCCAGUUGCUGCUACUCAGAACGCGGAUGAGUCGUUCACUGCAGGCGAUCUCACUGGGUGGCCGAAUGGCACUGUUAUUGGCAGCAGCGGUGUGGUGGUCAGCACUGGCCUGGCUCUCACGGUCAACUCAGAUGGGACUGUCACCGCCACUCCCUCCACUGUUCCUCCCACUCCCGCUCCUGGUUCCGUCCCUGCUCCCGCUCCCCCUUCCUCCCCUUCUCCCACACCUGCUGAUACCACUGGCACCGUCACAAGGAACUCUGAUGGUAGCCUUACUUUCGAUGGCUACACCCUCUAUCAGAACAACACCGUUGUGGACUCUCUUGGCGCAGUAGUCACUCCCCCUCAAAACGCUGACGGCUCUUUCACGAUUGAAGAUGGCAAGUACUCGUAUCUCCCCAGCACCGGCACCCUCACUGCCCCUGGCAUCUCCAUCUACACCAACCCUGCAUCCGGCACGACUGAUGGGUUCACUGUGGGCGGCACCACCAUGUACACCAACGGCACCAUUGUGGACGCCGCUACAGGCACACGCAUCACUCCUACUGCGAACCCCGACGGCUCGUUCACUGCAGGGGACCUGACCGGGUGGGCCAACGGCACUGUGGUUGGCAGCAACGGGCGGGUGGUGAACACGGGCCUGCUGCUCACUCUCAACUCCGAUGGCACCGUGUCUUUCGGCUCUGCUUCUCCUGCACCCGGUGGCCCUGCUGCGCCUUCCACCACCACUGGCACAGCUGCACCGCCGCCACCCAGCCCUGCUGUGUCAAGCAGCAGCAGUAGCAGCAAACUGUCUUCAGGUGCCAUAGCCGGUAUUGUCGUGGGCUGCGUGUGUGCACUCAUUCUCGUGCUCGUGCUGACGCUCUGGGUCUACCGCAUCAGGCAGAGAAACGCACCGAAGGAGAGCGAAGCAAGCAAGGAUGAGGACGACGUAGAAGGAGGAAAGGCAGGAGCAGCACCUGAUGAUUUUGACGUAGACCCAGGAGCAGGGGCAGCAGAAGCAGUGGCGGCAGCCGCAGUGGCAGCAGCAGCAGCAGCAGCGGCGGCGGUGAAACCAGAGUUAGUAGCAGCAGCAGGAGAGGCGCGGCCGCAGGUGUGUCGGCAGUACUCGCUGGGGGAGGUUGCUGCGGCCACAGGCGAGUGGGCAGAGGCGAACCACAUUGGCAGCGGCAGCUUUGGGGAUGUGUACAAGGGAGCCAACCCCGAAUGCCCCUCUGAGAUAUGGGCUGUCAAACGAGCCAAAAUCCUGACUAACGACUUCAAGCGAGAGGUGAAUGAAAUGGCAACCAAGAACCACCCCAACCUGGUGCGGCUGCUGGGCUACUGCUUUGAUGUGAACCACACAACAGACCGCAUCGAGCAGAUUGUCAUCUAUGAGUUCAUGGCCAAUGGCGACCUUGAGAGGUGGAUUGGACCGGAUGCCCCCAAGCAGCUCACCAUUAGGCAGCGCCUAGAAGUGAUGAUCGGCAUGGCUCAGGGGCUGCAGUACCUGCAUGGCUUUGGCAUCGUGCAUCGCGACAUCAAGCCAGCCAACGUGCUUCUUGACGACCGGAUGCAGGCAAGGAUUGCAGACUUUGGGCUGGUGAGGCUGGGCGAGGGCACAUCAGUGAUUGCCACUCGAGUGAUGGGCACACCGGGCUAUGUGGACCCCGCUUACUACAAGUCACAAAAGGCAACGCCCAUGGCUGAUGUGCACAGCUUUGGAGUCGUGAUGCUGACAGUCAUCACAGCCCGCAAGGCCGUCUAUAUGGUGGAAUCUGAUCAACACAACCUUAAAACUUGGGUGGCCCCUCUGGUGGCGGCUGGUGACGUGCCAUCCUUCAAGGAUCCUCAUCUGCAGGCACCGAACGACUUGGUGUUGCGCAUGGCCAAGCUGGCCCUCAGCUGCACUGCCAUGCCCACUGCCACUCGACCCUCCAUGAGUCGGAUAUUGACCGACUUGUUGGACAUGAAGGACGAAUUUCUAGGGGCGGAAUCCAACCGGAUGGCUGAGAAGAUCGAUCGCGAGCUGGAGUCUUCGUCUGCAGAGAUUGAUUUCAACAUGGAGCUUGCUCGCGCCCAGGGAAUGCGAGCCAGCAGUGGGAACUCAAGUGGCAAGCAUUAACUUGGAGUUUACUGUGGAAGCUUUGCUAUUGGCACUGUAAAUAGCCAUGCUUUUAUGGGAGCUCAUUCUCAUAGCUGUAAGUAGGGUAUAUGGUGAGUUAGAUGCAUGGACUGGAUGUACCAUUGGUAAAUGGUGUGUGGCCCAACCAAUUAAUGUCGUAUAGUCGGCUAGCUGAAAAGCGUGGUGAUUAUAAAUUGCUUUUGGAUAA